GUUUCCAAUGAGUCAAUUAACAAUGCUCCAAGAUCAGCCUUGAAAAAUUGGGAAAACUAAGGAAUAUACACUAGAGUCCCUAAUCCCUAUAUAUAGAGGCAAAAGUAAUUAGACACUAGAUCACAAAGUUCCUCCUAAUUCACAAGACAUAAAGCUGUCAUUGGUUUCAAGUUAUAUCAAAACAUGAAGUUGUACCUUAAUUCAGAUCAUGGAUAUAUAUUAUCAAAGUAUCUAUUUGUGCAGCAAAAAAUAGUCCUUCAAAUGCAACUGGACAGUGACAAAAGCAGAAGCAAGGCCCUCAAGAUUGCAGCACAAGAAAUAGGUGUGAGCUCAGUGGCAUUGGAAGGAGACAAUAAAGACAAAUUGACGGUGACUGGAGAUGUGGAUGCAGUGCACUUGGGUCGGGUGCUUAGGAAGAAGUUUCAGUGUGUCACCCUUGUCAGUGUGGAAGAAGUGAAGAAAAAAGAUGACAAUAAAUGCAAAAUUGAAAUUGAAGACGACAAAGGGUGUUAUUAUUAUACACCGUACUGUGCUCCUCCACCAUGUGGUCCUUCUCCCUAUUGCCACCCAGUUUAUGAUUCAUAUGACAGUACUUGCUCUAUCAUGUGAGGAUUACACCAAUAAAUCAAAGAGAUCGAAGAGUACUAUUUCAAAUUAAAUUUGCAACUAUAUAUGGUUAUGCGUGUCAUGUCGUUCUAUUACCCAAUGAGAUUUUCUCAUUCUCUUUCUUUCAAUGAAAUCACAUGGAACUCAUUACUUAUUUCUCUAUAUAUGUUUGGUUCUAUCCAUUAAUGGAAAUUUAGAAGUUGCUUAUUUGA